AUGGCAGCAGCCGCCUCCGCCGCGUCUUCGCUCAUUGGAACCCGAUCGGCCCGAAUCCAGGCCCGAUUCGGGUUCGGUGGGAAGAAACAGGUCCCCAAGCGGGCCGCCUCGAAGACCGUCGUCCCCGACCGGCCGCUGUGGUUUCCCGGCGCCAAGGCGCCGGAGUAUCUCGACGGGUCGCUCGUCGGGGACUACGGGUUCGACCCGUUCGGGCUCGGAAAGCCCGCCGAGUACCUGCAGUUCGACCUCGAUUCGCUCGACCAGAACCUGGCUAAGAACGUCGCCGGAGACAUCAUCGGGACAAGGACGGAGGUCGCCGACGUGAAGUCGACGCCGUUCCAGCCGUACAGUGAAGUCUUCGGGCUUCAGAGGUUCAGGGAAUGCGAGCUUAUUCAUGGAAGGUGGGCCAUGCUCGCCACGCUCGGGGCCCUUACCGUCGAGUGGCUCACCGGCGUCACGUGGCAGGACGCCGGAAAGGUUGAGCUUGUUGAAGGAUCAUCGUACCUCGGCCAACCACUCCCAUUUUCCAUAACCACAUUGAUUUGGAUCGAGGUGCUUGUUAUAGGGUACAUCGAGUUCCAGAGGAAUUCGGAGCUCGACUCGGAAAAGAGGCUCUACCCGGGCGGGUCGUACUUCGACCCGUUGGGCCUGGCGGCGGAUCCUGAGAAGAAGGCCACGCUUCAGCUAGCUGAGAUUAAGCACGCCCGUCUUGCUAUGGUUGCCUUUUUGGGCUUUGCAGUCCAAGCCGCGGCUACUGGUAAAGGCCCACUUAACAAUUGGGCUACCCACUUGAGUGACCCGCUCCACACGACCAUCCUCGACACGGUCGAUGGCGACGAGCGCACGGGCGAGGAAAUCCUAGGAGCGGCCCGAUUUCGCAGUCAACAACCACCUCAGGAGGGUUUUGACUACCACUUUCCGCUCCACCGAGCAGCCCAAGAUGGCGAAUUCCGAAGACCUGCUUCAAGUUUCAGCCCCAAUCAUGAAUUUCGCAGACGGGGGCCCGAUCGAGAGGACUCGACCUUCACUGUGUUCGAACUGCCACGCCACUGCUGGGACGACGGGUCCGCGGCUGCCGGCUACGGCGGCGCUUACCAACAGCGAAUGGAGGCGCCCGAUUUCCACGAGUUGCACUUCCCCGUGAAAAAUUUACGUCAUGUUGAGGCGGGCUGGGGUCGGGUUGGGCACAACAUCGCUGAGGACGCCGACGACUACCAUAGUCGCGCUUCCUGGCAGGACGAACAAACCCUAGGCGAUUUUCGGCGACGGGCACAACGGAGGCCAGACGGAGGACGUGCAGCAGCCUCGGAAUUUGACGACCGAAGCGCCGCUAAGGGAGGGCCCGAUUGUUCGGGGCGCGACCGGCGAGAGACCGACGCCGCAUUAGCGGAGGUGCAGGGACGAGAAUUUUCUGGUUGUUGGUGUCGCGAUUUGGGAGCUGCGCAAAGUCGUCGAAGAGAAGCAGAUUUCUUGCAACCUUUUGGGCUUUUGCAACGGUCCAAAUCCAUUUAUUGGUCCCAUGUGAGAGAUAUAUUUAAUUCAGAUUUUUGGGCCCGUGAAGUCGCUGCAGAAGUUGGGCUUGUACACAGGAGUUCUACAACUGAACCCGAAGAUGAUGUUGCUAUAAAUAAUGUCAGGCUCUUUACGUAUCGCUCUUUGCGAUCAGCCACAAGGCUUUUUCAUCCAUCGAACAAAAUCGGACGAGGUGGUUUCGGGGUCGUUUAUAAGGGAGUUUUGAGGGAUGGGACUCGAGUAGCUGUCAAGUCUCUUUCGGCCGAAUCCAAACAAGGGGUUAACGAGUUCUUGACCGAGAUUAAUAUGAUAUCCAAUAUACAACACCCGAACUUAGUUCGGCUCGUUGGCUGUUGUGUUGAGGGGACUAACCGAAUAUUAGUGUAUGAAUAUUUGGAGAACAAUAGCCUCGCCAGUUCCCUACUCGUCUCGAAUGGCAAACGUGUUGGGCUGGAUUGGUCCAAGAGAGCUGCAAUAUGCUUAGGCACAGCCUCGGGACUCGCGUUCCUUCACGAAUGUGCCGAGCCGUGCAUUGUCCAUCGAGAUAUAAAGGCAAGCAAUAUCCUUCUCGACGAGAAUUUCCUCCCUAAAAUCGGAGACUUUGGAUUAGCAAAGCUAUUUCCUGAUAAUGUCACCCACGUCAGCACACGGGUAGCAGGAACAGUGGGUUAUCUAGCUCCCGAAUAUGCAAAGCUGGGUCAACUCACUAAGAAGGCCGAUGUGUAUAGCUUUGGGGUACUCUUGCUCGAGAUUAUAAGCGGCGAAAGUAGCAGUAAGGCCUCUUUUGGGGACGAUUUCUUGGUUCUGCUCGAAUGGACUUGGAAAUUGUACAUCGAGGGUCGGGUUUUAGAGCUUGUGGACCCGGACUUAAUUGACUACCCGAAAGACGAAGUCACGCGCUUCAUAAAAGUCUCACUAUUUUGUACGCAAGCGGCUUCUCAACGCAGACCAGACAUGAGUCAGGUGGUAAGAAUGCUGUCGACCAAUGUUAAUCUUAACGAGAGCUUGUUGUCAGAGCCUGGAUUUUACAGGCCACAAAAACCGAGAGGUGGGGCCUCAUCUCGUUUGGACAAAACGAAACAUUUGUCUAUUCGCCGUGUGGGAGCUCGAGGUAUGGUGGUUUCGGUUCAUCGGUCGUCGCUGGCAGCCUUGUGGCGAUCGGAAGGUGGGCUGAUAUUUGGCUUCCCCGUUCUUCUGCCUCCUCUGGUGUCGAGAUGGCAGUUUCCUCCAACAGUGUCGGUGGGGUGA